AUGUAUGCGACUUCUCCAUCAUAUUCGAUUCCAGACUUAUCGCUUGCCAAAACAGAAGUUCAUCCGAACCUAGGAGGCAGUCAUCAUGCCAAAAACUCAUCUACCGGCAGCACCGUUACUGGAAUGCAAGACGUCCGUCGAAUUUCUGCAGAUAAGCGCCUGCUAGAUACUCAGGCUGCCACUGGCUCAAAUUUUCCUCCAAACAUCAACUUCCCACCUGCCACAAAUCCCCUGGUCCCCGAACACAUGAACUGCUCUGUUCAACUCAAAUUCGACCAAAAUGUCAGGAACCAAGAGAUCUUCGAUACCAUCCGCACUGGCGCCAUCUACUCAUACAGCCGAGCUCACGCCGAGAAUCGAUUAUCAAUUGUAAAACUCAUCUUCAUGACGCGAGACGGCGCACAGAAAUACAUCUCAACGACCCAAAACAACAAUAUCCUGAUCCGAAAUAAGCGUAUCCUAGCUACCUGGAGUCCGCACCGUGUAGGCCCAUGCGGACUUCAAGGCGUAUCGAGAGUACUCAAGGUGACAGGUCCAGCUUCUAGUUUUAAUCUGAGGACAUUUAUCCGAUAUGCUAAGGGUUGCUGCUGGAUCGAUAUUAUUCAUCAACGGGAAAUGAUUGUAGGGACGGAGUGUGAGGUCAUGAUUGAGUUUGGCAGUUUUGGGAAACAGGCUGAGGUUGUUUGGGAGGCGAUUAUGGAGGAUGGUGAGUUGAGGGGGUGGAGGGUGGAGUUUUUGAGGGAUCCUUGUGAUGGUGAUGUGUAG